GUUCCUACAGUACAGAAUCAUCUGUAAAUAACUAUCCUGACUGACCGAUCAAUGAUGGAGAGAGACAGAGACAAGAUGGCCGACAGGAUCAUAAACCUCACCCUACAGAUACUCUUCCGGCUUACUGGAGAGGAUUACACAGUAGUGAAGAAGUCCUCUAGUGGGCGCUGUCGGGCCCCUGUGUGUGAAGGAUGGGGAAGAACCCUGAGCCCAAUCCUGGGGCCCCCACCUCACCCCCUGAUACAUGAGGAAAUGGAGGAACAGAAGAUCCUAGAACUUAUCAACAAGAUGAUGGAGCUGCUGACUGGAGAGGUUCCUAUAAGGUGUCAGGACGUGGCGGUGUAUUUCUCCAUGGAGGAGUGGGAGUAUGUAGAAGGACACAAGGAUCAGUACAAGGAUCAGGUGAUGAUGGAGGAUCAGCAGCCCCUCACAUCAGCAGUCAGAUCCAGUAAGAGAACAGCAGCAGAGAGGUGUCCCCGUCCUCUUCUUCCACAGGAUCAGGAUCAGGCAGAAGAUCUGAUCUGUAUUAAUGCUAUAGACCUAAAGGAAGAAGAAGAGACAGAUGUGAGCUGUAAUGAGCAGUAUAAGGAGUACAUUCCUACAGGGAAAGAUCCGAUGUAUAUUAACGCUAUAAACAUAAAGGUAAAAGAAGAAGAGACAGAUGUGAGCGGUGAUGAUCAGUAUAAAGAGGACACUCCUACGGGGACAUAUCUAAAUUAUAUUAAUGCUAUCAACAUAAAGGUAAAAGAAGAAGAGACAGAUGUGAGCGGUGAUGAGCAGUAUAAGGAGGACAUUCUUACAGGUAACCACCCAGAUGACUGUACUGGGAGCUCAGAGGGACAUUUCACAUAUUCAGAUUAUAAAGCAGAUGAUGAUAUCACACAAGAUACAUAUGAAGAACAUUCCAUUAUCCCAGAUACACCCUCAGCCCUUCACAGACAAGAUCUGUCAUCUCAUCCUGUUAUACAGAUGGUCGUUGAACGUGAAAGAAUUCAUACAGUGAAGAAGCCACUGUCAUGCUCAGAAUGUGGGAAAUGUUUUACUCAGAAAUCAAAGUAUGUUGAACAUCUGAGAACUCACACAGGAGAGAAGCCGUUUUCAUGUUCAAGCUGUGGGAAAUGUUUUAUUUCAAAAUCAUAUCUUCUUCAACAUCAGAAAUAUCAUACAGAAAAGAAACCAUUUCCAUGUUCAGAAUGUGGGAAAUGUUUUACCCUGAAAUCGCACCUUGUUGAACAUCAAAAAACUCACACAGGAGAGAAGCCAUUUUCAUGUGCAGAAUGUGGGAAAUGUUUUAUUCGUAAAUCAGACCUUGUUGUACAUCAGAGAACUCACACAGGAGAGAAGCCAUUUUCAUGUUCAGAAUGUGGGAAAUGUUUUACUUCAAAAAAACUACUUACUAAACAUCAAAAAACUCACACAGGGGAAAAGCCAUUUUCAUGCCCAGAAUGUGGAAAGUGUUUUAUUGCGAAAUCAAACCUUGUUGAACAUCAGAGAACCCACACAGGAGAGAAGCCAUUUUCGUGCCAAGACUGUGGGAAAUGUUUCACUCAGAAAUCAGACCUUGUUAAACAUCAGAGAAUUCACACGGGGGAGAAGCCAUUUUCAUGCCCAGAAUGUGGGAAAUGUUGUACUCAGAAAUCGGAUCUUGUAAAACAUCGGAGAAUUCACACAGGGGAGAAGCCAUUUUCGUGCACAGAAUGUGAGAAAAGUUUUUUUUCCAAAUCAAGUCUUCUUCAGCAUCAAAAAACGCACACAGGGGAAAGACCAUUUUCAUGUUCAGUGUGCGGGAAAUGUUUUGUUUGGAAAUCAGAUCUUGUUGUACAUCAGAAAAUUCACACAAGGACAGUAGUGAAGAAGUCCUCUAGUGGGCGCUGUCGGGCCCCUGUGUGUGAAGGAUGGGGAAGAACCCUGAGCCCAAUCCCGGGGCCCCCACCUCACCCCCUGAUACAUGAGGAAAUGGAUGAACAGAAGAUCCUAGAACUGAUCAACAAGAUGAUGGAGCUGCUGACUGGAGAGGUUCCUAUAAGGUGUCAGGACGUGGCGGUCUAUUUCUCCAUGGAGGAGUGGGAGUAUGUAGAAGGACACAAGGAUCAGUACAAGGAUCAGGUGAUGAUGGAGGAUCAGCAGCCCCUCACAUCAGCAGUCAGAUCCAGUAAGAGAACAGCAGCAGAGAGGUGUCCCCGUCCUCUUCUUCCACAGGAUCAGGAUCAGCUUAUGAAUCAGGAUGAACAUCUGAACUAUAUUAAUGCUACAGACAUAAAGGAAGAAGAAGAGACAUAUGUGAGCAGUGAUGAGCAGUAUAAGGAGGACGUUCCUACAGGGAAAGAUCUGAUCUAUAUUAAUGCUACAGACAUAAAGGAAGAAGAAGAGACAGAUGUGAGGGGUGAUGAGGAGCUUAUGGAGGACAUUCCUACUGGGAACCAUCUAGAUUCUUGUAUCAGGAGAUCAGAGGAGAAUCUUAUAUCUUCAGAUUAUAAAGCAGAUGAUGAUAUCACACAAGAUACAUAUGAAGAACAUUCCAUUAUCCCAGAUACACCCUCAGCCCUUCACAGACAAGAUCUGUCAUCUCAUCCUGUUAUACCCGUCCUGUCUUCUGAUCCAUCACAGACUGGUACACAAAAUAAAAAUCAUCGAUGGCGUAUUAAACAUGAAUCAGCUCAUACAGAAGAGGAGACAUUUGAUUGUGGAAAAUAUUUUACACAGAAAUCACAUCGUGUUGACCAUCAAAAAACUCACACUGGGGAGAAGCCAUUUUCAUGUUCAGAAUGUGGGAAAUGUUUUACCUUGAAAUCAAAUCUUGCUAUUCAUCUGAAAAUUCACACAGGGGAGAAGCCAUUUUCAUGUCAAGAAUGUGGGAAAUGUUUCUCAAGGAAAGAACAUCUUGUUUACCAUCUAAGAAAUCACACGGGUGAAAGGCCAUUUUCAUGUCUAAUGUGUUGGAAGUGUUUCCCCCGGAAGGGAGAUCUUGUUGAACAUCAGAAAAGUCACACAGGGGAAAAGCCAUUUUUAUGUUCAGAAUGUGGGAAACGUUUUUCUAAGAAUUCAGAUCUUCUUAAGCAUCAAAAAAUUCACACGGGAGAGAAGCUAUUUUCAUGUUCAGAGUGUGGGAAAUGUUUUACAAGGAAAGCACAUCUUAGUGAACAUUGGAGAACUCACACAGGAGAGAAGCCAUUUUCCUGCUCAGAAUGUGGGAAUUGUUUUACCCAGAAAUCAAGUCUUGUUGAACAUUUGAAAAUUCACACAGGGGAGAAGCCAUUUAUAUGCUCAGAAUGUGGCAAAUGUUUUUCAUCCAGAAAACUGCUCACUAAACAUCAUAGAACUCACACAGGGGAGAAGCCAUUUUCAUGCAUAGAAUGUGGGAAAGGUUUUACAAAAAAAUUACAUUUUGUUAAACAUCAAAGAAAACACACAGAAUCUUCGUCUUCCCACGGUGGAGCUGAAGAUCGUUCGCACAUGAAACUUGAGAUUUGCGCUUUAUCUACUAUUCAGCUUGUGAUCUUAUCCAUCCAGGAGAGAGAGAAGACGUCAUCUACAAUGUUCUGUCUGCUGAAAUAUUUCAUCUUAUUAUCUCCUGUAUCUGUAUUUUUUUCUUACAUUGGCUCAGAUUCCUCCACCCCAGGAUCCUCUGCUGAUAUCUUCUAUAUAAGAGAAGUUUCCUGGUCAACCAUGGAGAGAGACAGGAACAAGAUGGCCGACAGGAUCAUAAACCUCACCCUACAGAUACUCUUCCGACUUACUGGAGAGGAUUACACAGUAGUGAAGAAGUCCUCUAGUGGGCGCUGUCGGGCCCCUGUGUGUGAAGGAUGGGGAAGAACCCUGAGCCCAAUCCCAGGGCCCCCACCUCACUCCCUGAUACAUGAGGAAAUGGAUGAACAGAAGAUCCUAGAACUCAUCAACAAGAUGAUGGAGCUGCUGACUGGAGAGGUUCCUAUAAGGUGUCAGGACGUGGCGGUGUAUUUCUCCAUGGAGGAGUGGGAGUAUGUAGAAGGACACAAGGAUCAGUACAAGGAUCAGGUGAUGAUGGAGGAUCAGCAGCCCCUCACAUCAGCAGUCAGAUCCAGUAAGAGAACAGCAGCAGAGAGGUGUCCCCGUCCUCUUCUUCCACAGGAUCAGGAUCAGCUUAUGAAUCGGGAUGAAGAUCUGAGCUAUAUUAAUGCUAUAGACAUAAUAGUGAAAGAAGAAGAGACAGAUGAGAGCGGUGAUGAGCAGUAUAAGGAGGACAUUCCUACUGGUAAUUGCCCAGAUGACUGUACCAGGAGAUCAGAGGAGAAUCUUAUAUCUUCAUAUUAUAAAGCAGAUGAUGAUAUCACACAAGAUACAUAUGAAGAACAUUCCAUUAUCCCAGAUACACCCUCAGCCCUUCACAGCCAAGAUCUAUCAUCUCAUCCUGUUAUACCCGUACUAUAUCCUGGUUCAUCACAGACACUUGAACAAAAUAAAAGUUAUAGAAAAGGUGUUAAACAUAAAAGAACUCGUACAGAAGAAAAGCCUUUUGCAUGUUCAGAAUGUGGGAAAUGUUUUACUGUGAAAUCUAAUCUUGUUCAACAUCAAAAAACUCACACAGGAGAGAAGCCAUUUCCAUGCCUAGAAUGUGGGAAAUGUUUUAAUCGUAAAUCAAAUCUCUUUGAACACCUGAAAAUUCACACAGGGGAGAAGCCAUUUUCAUGUCAAGAAUGUAGAAAAUUUUUUACUCGUAAACUGGAUCUUAUCCUACAUCAAAGAAAUCACACGGGGGAGAAGCCAUUUUCGUGCUCAGAAUGUGAAAAGUGUUUUACUAUGAAAUCACAUCUUGUGAGGCAUCGGAUAAUUCACACAGGGGAGAAGCCAUUUUCAUGUUCAGAAUGUGGGAAAUGUUUUACCGUGAAGUCGUAUCUUGUUGAACAUCAAAAAUCUCACACAGGAGAGAAGCCGUUUUCUUGUUCGGAAUGUGGGAAAUGUUACAGCAAUAAAUCAUCUCUUGUUAAACAUGAAAAAUCUCACACAGGGGAGAAGCCGUUUUCAUGCCGUGAAUGUGGGAAAUGUUUUACUAUGAAAUCACAACUUGUUAGACAUCAGAGAAUUCACACGGGGGAGAAGUCGUUUUCAUGCCAAGAAUGUGGAAAAUGUUUUACUCAGAGAUCAAAUCUCAUUAUACAUCAGAGAACUCACACAGGGGAGAAGCCGUAUCCGUGCCCAGAAUGUGAAAAAUGUUUUACUCAGAAAUCAACUCUUGUUGCACAUCAAAGAACUCACACAGGGGAGAAGCCAUUUUCAUGAACUGCAUGUGGAAAGUCGAAACGUAUCCUAACAUAACAAGAAUAAAAAGUACAGACAUAAAUAAA